AUGACGUCUUCACGUCGCGCAACCAUAGCAACCACGGGACAUAAACAGCUGUCUGAGCUGGCGUCCCUGAUGGCUGACAUAGUGCUGUGUGAGCCCCAGCACCUGUACAACCUCCUCAACCAGAGAGGCCUCGUGUCCAGACUGGCAGAAAUCAACUACCUCUUUCUGAUUGACGCUCGAGAAGCAGAGGAUUAUAACACAGGUCACAUCAUCACAGCCAAACAAGCAAAGACGUCCAAAUCUGUGUUUCUGCCUUUUGAGCACGUGGAGAUAGACACCAUGCAGAACAUUGUGGUGUAUGAUGGCAAAAGUGACAGCCUCGAUUCUCCAGGACGAGCGCAACAGUGUGCCAAAAUGAUAUCCAAGUCCAGUUUUUCCACAGUCCAUAUCUUGAAAGGCGGUUAUGAAAAGUUUACUGCUCUGUUUAAUUUUUUUAGAACAGAACAGAUCUUGUACACAAUCAGGGAGCUUGAGAACUUGAGGACGUACCCAGUAGAAAUCCUCCCAGGAAAGCUCUACAUGGGGAAGGAGACACAAGCAAACUGCCGUACGACGAUGGAGCAGCUCAUGAUCAAAGCAGUGGUCCGUAUAUCAGCAGAUCACAUGCCGGUGUGGACCUCUGACGUGCUCAGGGUGGAAGUAGGACCAGAGAAAGGCAAGGACCAGUUCUGUUUUGAGAAGAUUUGUGACUUUAUCGAUGUGAAGAUGAGCUCUGGCUCCAGAGUGCUGCUGGUGUCCAAACACGGCUGUGUCCGCUGCAGUGCUGCAGCCACAGCUUAUGUCAUGCUCCAGCACAGAUGCACUUUCCAGGAGGCCUGGAGCCAUGUGAGGAGAUGUAAACCCAGCGUGGCCUUUGACAAGCGCUACACAGAGCAGCUGUGUGAGUGGGAGAGGAGAGUAUCAGCCACAACUACUGCUGAGUAA